UGUACUUCGUAUAUUGAUUAGUGACAUUCGAUUUGGAUAACAUUGAAUGUGUUUUGUUGAUUUCAUCUAAAUUUACCGUUUGUAUUUUUCGAGACACGUUUUGGUAACAUUUGUCAGAUUCUUUGAGAGAAGUACUGUAUUAAAGAUGUCUGCCACAGGUCCACCACCAGCGUCCAAUGGGGAGCCUCCCUCUUACCAAGAAUCAGGAGGUAGUCCCUAUCCAGAUGAGCCUCCACCGAAAUAUGAACCUCCGAAGGGCACUGCGUCUGGUUAUCAAUAUCCGACCAGUGCUAAUUAUCCAGUACAACCAGAUAAUGGUUAUCAGGCAGUAGUUACUGGUGCUCCGAUAAUAGUUAUUCCAACCAAUCGCUGGGGACCUGAUAGACAGACUGUUUAUUGUCCGUUCUGUAAUGCUCAUAUUACCACCUAUCUAGAUUAUGAGUCCGGAGCUUUAACUUGGUUAACAUCCGGUCUUCUCUGUUUAUUUGGGUUGUGGUGUGGGUGUUGUAUUCUACCAUUCUGUAUCAAUAGUUUAAGCGAUGUCAAACACAAAUGUACAAAUUGUCAACGAAUAAUUGGGGUCUACAGAAGACUGGAAGCAUGAGGCUACAAUUUACUUUUUGUCUGAAGACCGCGAGCGUAGUGCACAAGAGUACAUUUGUUGAUAAUAAUAGAAAUACUAUCUGCCUUUAUACAAAACACAAUCAAGCAUAUGACUUUAUUAAUUCUUCGUGCAGCUUAUAUUAAGAUGUGGGCGUGGCUUAUUGUAUAUUUAUAGGGCUUCCUUUGAUAUAAACAAGACAUGAAUAAUCCUGUAAUGAGUACAUUGUAGUAAUAUUUAACCCCCCCGUCUUCAUUAUACCUGGUUGGACAUGAGAAUUAAGACGUUAAACCUCAUUUCAUUUAUUCAUACUUCACUGAGCCAUGGUGAGUAAUAUUACCCACCAAAAGUUUGAGAUUUUGACCCCUUGACUGUCAAAAGGAGCAUUAACAUACUUUAGUAAAUAUUUUGUCAUGUUUUCUUUUACAAGCCAUUCCAUUCCUUUUGAUUAGGAAAAAUCAACCCUUGACUGUGAAUUUAUAAAAGAGUAUAUUAUUUCCUUUUUUUUAUUUUUUGUCUUGUCGCAACCCUUGACUGUACAUGUAUAUAAGUGUAUAUUAUAUUAAUUUCACAUCUCUUUAGACUGUAUUACCUAUUAUUUUGUUUCUUCUGAACUCUUGAUAUAUUCAUUUCUUAGGAUUACAUUCCUUUAUUGGAAACACUCCUUUAUUAGAAAAAUUCCUUUAUUGGAAACAUUCAUUUGUUUGGAUGUAUUCCAUUAUUAGUAACAUUCCUUUAAUGGAAACACUCUUUUAUUAGAAAAAUUCCUUUAUUGGUUACAGUCAUUUGUUUGGAUGUAGUCCAUUAUUACUAUUAGUAAAAUUCCUUUAUUGGAAACAAUCUUUUAUUAGAAAAAUUCCUUUAUUGGUUACAGUCAUUUGUUUGGAUGUAUUGCUUUAUUACUAUUAGUAACAGUCAUUUAUUGGAAAUACUCUUUUAUUAGAAACAUUCCUUUAACGCCUGUAUUGAAUACAUUUAUUUGUUUGGAUGUAUGCCUUGGUUCUUUUUUCAUUUUUAUUGUUUUUAGAUCUGAAUAUUUAUGUUUAUUUACUUUUAUUCACUCAAACUGUUUUGUCUCAAAAUGUGUGCAAUAUGUUUUGCUUUUAUUUAAAGGACUCCACUUUUGAUUUGGGUAAAAAUAUAGUAUUGAAUUCAAUUGAUUUCAUGUGAUAUUUUAGUGAGUGGUGAGAUUUUGUUUCAAAAUGAUAUGCAGACAUGCAUUUCUCUAUUAAAGAUGCAUUAUGAUAUGCAGAAAUGCAUUUCUCUAUUAAAGAUGCAUUAUGAUAUGCAGAAAUGCAUUUCCCUAUUAAAGAUGCAUUAUGAUAUGCAGAAAUGCAUUUCUCUAUUAAAGAUGCAUUAUGAUAUGCAGAAAUGCAUUUCCCUAUUAAAGAUGCAUUACGUAAGAUGUACAUCAAGUUUCGUCUAUCAUUGCUACAUGUUUAAUACUUCAAAAAUAGAUAAUUAAUAUAUAGAACAUUUCAUUCAAAUUACUUUAUUCAUGACAAAGUUAGAACUGUUUGAAGAUUGUCUAUUAUCAUCGCAACGGUAUGUAACAACCGAGACUUAGUCUUGAUUAUCCAAUUUAUCAAUAAGAUCACUUGAUUUUUGGGGGAAUUAUGACUGUUUGAAGAUUUAGCGUAGAUCGUUAAUUAUCGUAGCAAUGGUACUUGACAACUGAGACUUACAUGUAGCCUUGAUUAUCCAUUUUAUCGUUAAAUAUAAAAAUCUUGUGGGUUUUCAAAUCCAUUUAAAUCUUGGCCAUCUGUCUUUCUAGAGAGUUGAUUAUAGGCUUGUCAUGUCUAAAUAUUAAUUAAACUGUUGACAGUAGACCACAAAAUCAGUUAUAUUUUAGUAUCUCAGCAUUAGCUCUAUAUGUGGACCUAGAAUAUUUAAUAUAGACAGAUAUCCGCUUCAGAAAACCAAUCAAUAAAUCAAUAUUUUUUUUAUCCAAGUCAAAGACAACUAGACAUUUAAAAAGAAAUGAAAAUUGAAAUCUGGAUUAUGUUUGUGAGAUGUAAAUAGAACAUGUUACUGUACAAUGUAGGUUGCCAGUGUAAUGAUGGUCUCUUAUUUGUCUCAUGGUUAUCUAUCUGGGCUUUUUGACGGUGGAAUGCAGGUCUCUUAUUCCACUGGUUACCUGUCUAGGCUGUUUGACAAUGGAAUACAGGUCUCUUAUUUCUCUCAUUAUUAACUCUCUGGGCUAAUUGACAGUGGAAUUGACUGACUGUUAAACAUUGUUAUAAAUACUAAUUUGGUACCAGUUGGGUGUAACUACAACUUUAGACAGUCUGAUGGGUAGAUGAUCAAGCUGAUUAAAACACAGAUCCUGUUCCGUUUUUUUAUAAUUCAAAAUUUUGUUUACUUGUCUGUACUACACUAGGAUCUGGAAGAAUUGUUAUAUAAACUGCUUCCUGGAAGAUGUGAGGGAUUAGUUAAUGAAACGGUCUUUUGUGGCGUGUUUUUGGCGUGUGGUGCACGGAACUUUGGGUAAACCAAAUUAAACGUCAACUCUGAUUAAUCAAUGUCUGACGUCAUAUGGUCAAAAGCCACUCGUAUGUCACCAAACUCGACCUUCCACUACAACUGGUCAGAUCUUUAUGUAAUGUAGGCCAUCGAAAGUAUAAAAAAACGAAACGAAAUAUAGAUCUGUAUUUGAAUCAGAUUGGGUAUAUGAUAGAUGGUAUAUUAACUGAUCUACAUACAUUGUAACCCGCGUAUCAUUUAAUCUUGUGUCCAGUUUAAAGCUGACCACUCAAUUUUGAUAAUGAGUGUCAAAUUUACAAGUGUUUUAUUUCUCAAUCACUGUUAACAAAAUAAACCACCCAAUUGAUUAAUAUUUGAACUGUGGUCAGGAAAUUAAAAAGUUAUAAAUUGGACACUCAUUAUCAAAAUUGAAUGGUCAGCUUUAAACUGGACACAAGUAAAAAUUAGAUUAUUUGGGGUGAUUUUAAAUGAUUUUUACAAAUUUUUAAACAAAGAUUUGAUAUUGAAUGAAUGUGAAAGAAAUUAGUGCUAGAUACACAAGAUUAAAUAAUGCCCGGGUUGCAGUGAUAUGUCAUCUAUUAUAGGGGUGGGUAAUGCAUUACAAUAUAAUUAUAGGUAGGUGAUCUAUUGUAUAUUAACUGAUGUAUGUAAUACCGGUUUAUUUGUGUAUACUUGAAUUAUUGUUAAGGGGUUUGUUAUUGUUUAAAGUUUAAAGAUGGAAUUGAUGAUAUUAUGACCAGGUAGUAUUUAAUACAGCCAUUCACCCAAUAUCAAGGAGUAGACUUACACCAUAACUGGGCACCCAAGAUGGAUUAUCUAUAAUAAGUUUACAAUGGUCAGCUAUGACAACUACUUGGGCCCUGUUUCUCGAUAUCUUAACUAAAGUUAAAAUCCAAAUUUUAGUAGAUACUUCGAUUUUGAUUGGCUAAGCACUAAAAUCAGUCUAAUAUUAUCCAAUCAAAUAACUAAAAUUUGGACUUGAUCUUAGUUACAAUUUCGUGAAACAGGCCCCUGGUCAUAAUAUAAUAGAUUAUUAUUGUUUUAACGUGUACUGUAUUGAUGAUAUAAAUAUACUAAAUUAUUAUUGUUUUAACCUGUAUUGCAUUUAUAAUAUUGUUUUUAUUUUAUUUAUAACAUACUAUACUUAUGGUCUUUCAACUUAAAUGAUAUGGUUAAUAAAAUAUAUUCAUUAAAAUUUA